AUGAGCAAAAAAGGUUGCAUAAAUUUUUCGUUUUCAAGAUGUAUAACCUCAUUGAUUUUGGCAUUAGUAUGUCUUUUUUUACAGGUAAAAUUAAACGUCACUUUUAUUAAUAAACACACGCAUGAAUGUAACACAAUUUUUGUAUCACAAUGUAAUAAUAAUGGAUGCCUAAGAAUAUUAUCUGAAUCCUCUUUAAAAAAAACUAGACAAAGUAAUAUAUCUAAUAUAAAUGAAGAUGAUAGUGAAAGUUAUGAUUCUUCAAGUGAAUCAAUGUAUAGUCCCAGUGAAUCUAGUACAACAAACUUAAUUGAUUUCUCAGAGGAUGAAUGUGCUUCAAAAUGUGAAUCUCAAUGUGAAAUAGAUGAGUCUACUAAUGAAUGUGGAACAUAUUUAGAUGAAAGCAGAAAUAAUGACCCACAUAAUAGAAAUAAUCAAAAGCAUUAUAAUGAGGAGUGUGAUCAUUUUAAUAAUUCCAACGAAGAAAACUACAAUAGGAUGUAUGAUAUGCAUAAUAAUAAUACAAAAGAAAGAACUUCUAAUUAUGAUGUUGACAUGUUUGAUUCAUAUCAAAGUAUAAUGGGAUCAUUCUCAGAAGAUGAUGAAUCAGAUAAGCGUAAUAAUGAAACAUCAUGUGGAAAAAAUACAGAUGGUGCACAUCUAAAAAAACACAAAAAAUGUACUGAAAAAAAAAAAAACAAUAAUAAAAGUUCUAAAGAUGAAGAUUAUGAUCUAUCAAAUAGAUCCAUGAAUGAAAUUUUUGAAAAUUUAGGUUCCAUGGUUCACAAUAUGGAUGUUUUGACUAUAUUUUUUCGCUACAAUGCUUUGGAAAAAAAUAAAUUAUUUGAUUCAUUGUACACAUUAAUGUUUUAUUGGGGUGAUUUAUCUGAAUUUUUUGGAUUACCAGAUUAUUACAAAUGUAGACAGUGGUUGAAAAUAUACAGGAGUGUUACAACACGUUUAGCAGAAAGAGAAAAAGUGUUUUAUGAAGAAUUAGAGCAAUUUUUUUUUGAUGAAUGGUGCGAUAAAGAAUCUUAUAUUUAUUUUAUACAAAAAAUGAAAUAUGAAUGGGAUCAAAUGAAGCAUGAAAUAGAGAUUGAUAUGAAAGAAUAUUUAGUAUAUAAAGCAAGAAUUUUUCAUCAUAAGGCUUUAGCUCAUGUUAUACAAAGUUAA